GCAAAAAUGCUCUUUACGCUCUACUCAAAACUUUUCCCCAAGGAAAAAAAUUGAAAAUAUCUCAAAAGAAAAAAUGAAAUUUGAAUGAAGUAGUUACCUAUAAUUUUACAUACAGCACCAGUGAAUGAUACAAAUAUGAGGAGGAGAAAAUAUUUUAAGUAUUUCACACAUGAGUGCAGAAUUAACCUUAUAUUACUGACACAUAAGUAAAUAUUUUAGCAAUAUGUUUUGUGUCAUUUUUGUAGCACUUUUCCCUAACAUUUUUAUAUAUGGUUCUUUAUAUUAUACCUGUCAAAAAGUAGCUCAGGGGCUCAGAAAGGGAGACAUGUUUACCGAGGAAUUUAGUGAACAGUGAAAGUGACAUUUAGGGAAAAACAAUGAAUAAGUCAAAUGUAAGCCUUAUGGAAAUAUUUUAGUUGAUUUCAGACUGAAACUGAGACUAAAAAUUCCUCAGAAUUCUGAUACGAUCUUUUCCCCUUGGGUGUUUACUUCUUGCCUCCUUCUGAGUGGGUAUUAGAUUUUCAGUUGACACACUGAGUGCCCUUCCCUCCAAGAUAGAAAAGAUCUGUGGACUCCGGGAAACACUACCAGUUGUCCUUUCCUCUCAAUUCCAAGGAACUGCUAACCUGCAGUGACCAGGUGGAAUCUUCCACUUGCAUCAGCCACCAAGAGGGAAGAGUGCCUCCCAGGAGCCUGGGUCCACCCGGCCCACACAAUCCUCUCAUUCCUUCCUCGUAAACCGGAGCCUUCUGACUCCUUGUGCCACAAGCACUGGCCACAGGACAGCGUGCAGAGGCUUCCUCGGGACAGCAGAGCAGGAGCAGCCCUAUGCUCUCAAUGGCUUUGCCACUGUCACUUGCUGUGUGUCCUGCAAGCGGCUCAGAGGGACUAAAAGCAAAUGAAGGGCAUGAUCUGAUUUGCCCACAACGGUCAGGACAUUGAUUUGUUCCCAUAACCUGAGACCUGAUACCAAGGAGCUUCCCUGUGAGACCGUCCUGUACUGUAGAGGACCUGUGCUACAGUGUGAGGACCUGUAUUAGACUCAACUGCUCCCACACAGCAGACACUUUGACAAAACUGUCAGUAAAUAUUGAUCUCAUCUUGAACAUUACCUUCAAAUAAUCAUGCCUGCUUCUUCUGCUUCCAUUAUCAAUACCUCAAUAUUCAUUCUCACGGGGUUCCCUGGCCUGGACCACUACUAUCCCUGGUUUUCCAUUCCCUUCUCCUCCAUCUAUGCCUUGGUUUUUCUGGGAAACUGCAUGGUGCUGCAUGUGAUCCGGACAGAGCCCAGUCUGCACCAGCCCAUGUUCUACUUCCUGGCCAUGCUGGCUCUCACUGACCUGUGCAUGGGGCUGUCCACAGUGCACACGGUGCUGGGGGUCCUGUGGGGACUCAACCAAGAAGUUAGUCGAGAUGCUUGCAUUGCCCAAACUUACUUUAUCCAUGGUCUGUCCUUCAUAGAGUCUGGGGUCCUUCUUGCCAUGGCCUUUGAUCGCUUCACUGCAAUCUGCAAUCCUCUGAGAUACACAUCCCUCCUGACUAACAGUAGAGUCAUUCACUUCAUGGUGGCCAUUUUGAUGAGGGCAGCUUUGUCCAUUCUCCCUGUCAUCAUUCGCCUGAAGCUCUUCCAUUACUGCCGCCCUCACAUCCUCUCCCACUCUUUCUGCCUGCACCAGGACCUGCUCCGGCUCGCCUGCUCUGACAUCCGCUUCAACAGCCUCUAUGCCUUGGCUCUGGUGAUCUGUACCUUGUUGUUAGACGCUGUGCUGAUUCUCAUCUCCUACGUUUUCAUCUUGCACACAGUGCUGGCAAUUGCAUCCCGCGAGGAGAGGCUCAAGUCCUUGCAGACCUGUGUGUCCCACAUCUGUGCUGUCCUGGUCUUUUACAUCCCCAUCAUUGGCCUCACCAUGGUGCAUCGCUUUGGAAAGCAUCUCUCCCCUUCCGUUCAUGUCCUCAUGGGCAACAUCUAUAUUCUCUUUCCACCCCUGAUGAAUCCAAUCAUCUACAGUGUAAAGACCCAGCAGAUCCGAAGCAGGAUGAAGAAGUGGUGUUCCCUGAAAAUGUAGUAAAACCCUUGGGUUUGAUCAGCAAGAAUAUUUUAAGGUCAGAAGAGUAAUGCUACUUCCCAUGUGUGCAACAACUUACAAUUUGAAUAACUUAUUGGAGGGUUUGUUCUUUUAUGAGGUCUUGGAUAUUAAGGAACUUAAGAGAUGUUCUAAUUCAAGAGAGGAAAUAGAACUAACUUUUUCCAAUACACAUUCCAGAAAAGAUUUCUGAAUGUCUGCUAUAGGAUAAUCAUGGCCAUUAUAGAUGUAAUUAUAAGUGUCUUUGCAUUUUGUUGACAUGUUCUUGAAGCGUGUUUGCCAUAUGAAAAUUGUGACCCUCAGUUCAACAAUAUUUUCAUUCCACUUAGACACACCACUGUCUAAAAUUUUGGAAACAUGCCUAUUUAGAUUAUUCAAUUAAUUGGGACUACUAUCAAAAUAUAUAAUAUUGUGUAAUUGGACUUGUUUUAUUCCUAAAGGUGAAGUGCGGAACAUACGAAUCUACUAUGCUAAGCCUUCCCCCACUUUUAUUACUUUUUCCCCAUUAGUGGUAAUGCAAGUCUAUUACAGGAAUUUUGAAAUAAAAAGAUAUCCCAUCCCUCUAUUCCAAAGACUUUAUGCUUACUUCUUUCCAUGCUAUAAAGAUGUGACUUCAUUCCACAUUAAAUGUUCAUUCUUCAUUUUUUCACUAAAUAUAAUGUCAAGAGACUCUGGCUGAGAGCACCUGGCAGUACCCUCCUUGUGAUGAAGACUGGGAUAAAGAUCUGUGGGAACAGACCAGUAAGCACCCCAUUUGUCUGGGGUACAACCAACUACGGUGGCAACAAUGGCCAUGCAAGCAACAUAGUUACGGAACAUAAGAAUAACCUGUUUUCAGGCAUGAGUGUUCCCAAGUCUCUGCCAUAUGUUCUGCCAUGGAAAAACAAUGGGAAUGCACAGUAACUGAAUAUCUAUCUCAUCAAAUGCCAGAUCCUGGAAGACUCUUGCUUCUUCCUGCUACCAGUGAGUUCUUCAUUUUUUUUUCUCCUAGUCUAAUUAUAGAAAGAUAAACUGUGACUUUCAAACUGACAAGUACCUUUUGCUUUUUUUCUCCCUGCUUUGAGUCUCAUUUCAUUUGAUGCAGGAAAGAACCUUCAAACUCAGAACUGCUUCAAAUAAAGCAUCAACAUAGAUUUAAAAAAAAGCGGACAAAAGUAGAAUGAAACCCAUUGCUGGAGGUUGACUUAACACAUUUCAGGUUUUCGAGACACCGGAGUGGCUCACUCAGUUAGGCGUUUGACUCUUGAUAUCAGCUCAGGUCACAAUCUCACAUCUCACGGAUGUCGAGCCCCACCUCAGGCUCCA